CGUUUCCUCUCGCGGCGGCCUCGCCAUUUCACUCUCCUUCCCUUCCCUCCCCUUCCCUCCCUUUCCUCCUCCUCCACAGCCACCGCGAAAAAUCCCAAAUUAAUCCCGCAAAAGAAAAUCAUCUCGUUUCUAUCUAUCAUUGUCACUUUUUCUUGAUUCGAGCUUCUUCUUCUUUUUCUUCUUUCUUUUCUUUUUUGGCGCGAUCGCGGCUUUGGUUUCCCCCGAGGCGGCGGGGGGGAAUGGAUUCUUGGAAGCAAAUCACGCGGAUGAAUCGGGCCCGGCCGUUGCGCGGAUCGGCCUGAGCCGUGGACGCGCGGCGCGGGGGGCGGGAGCGGGAUUCAGCUAACCGCUUCGCUUGGUUAUACCAAAAGCAAAAGAGGCAAGAUCCAGAUUAGGCGUGCAAGCAUAUUGGUUUGGUCUAAAGAGAUGAAUGGUUCGAUAUUUGAAGGCAAUCAUGCUUCAGAAAUUUGUGUUUCAAAGCUAAGUGGAAGGACAUCAUUUGCGGUCCGUGUUAAUCAAGUUUGUGCUUAUCAAGAAAGAUCUUCUGGCAGAGCCCUUCAUUUCGUUUGCAUUGAACGAAAUGAAUAACCAGGUUGGGUCCAGUAACCAGAAAAACCUGAAUGUUGCCUGCUAUGAAGAUCUGACUAAAAUCCUUGGUCUUAGUAGGUUUGACUCUGAGAACCUGUCAGAUGUCUCAAAUACUGGUUUGCCAAUGAGAUGUGCUUUGGAUCCAACAAAUCCGGCGCGUAUGAGGUGCAUACCCCCUGAGAAUGGGCUUAAAUCAGCCGAUGUUUCAAGUGACAAUCUGCAAGAUAUGUCUUCUUGCUGUGAUAGUCCACACUCACAGUCUGGAAAAGCCAAGUUCAUGUGUAGCUUUGGUGGGAAAAUCAUGCCCAGGCCAAGUGACGGGAAGCUCAGAUAUGUUGGUGGAGAAACACGUCUAAUCUCAAUACCAAGAAACUUCUCAUGGAAUGAACUUGUACAGAAAACUCUGAAAAUCUACAGUCAGCCUCACAUCAUAAAGUAUCAGCUUCCUGAAGAGGAUCUUGAUGCAUUGAUAUCUCUUUCAUGUGAUGAGGAUCUUCAGAAUAUGAUGGAAGAAUAUAGCAGCCUUGAAAAGGCCAAUUCCUCACCUAGACUUCGAAUAUUUCUUGUCUCGCAAACUGAAUGCGAGGAUUCAUCAUUAGACUCAAGAAGCUUAGAGAGUGAACCAGAAUAUCAGUUUGUAGUUGCUGUGAACAAUCUGGCACAACUGAAGAGGAGCACCAGCGGCAACAGUUUGAUGAGCCAAUCGAAACAUCACUUGGAUAAUUCUCCACUCCAUUUCAGAGACACACCUGUGCGUCAAACAGAUAGAGAUAGUGGAGCUAAAUCUUUGGGUGGAAAUUCCUUAAAUGAACCUCCAUCUCAGUUCUUUAUUGAUCCGUUCACACAACCAAUGGUGUCUGAGUCAUCAGCAACUCCUUCCGCAUGCUUAACUCGGCAGAGGACCAUGAAACAAUCAAGGAUGCAAUCAUCUGCAGAUAAAUCAAUAUUGAACCAAGAAUAUGAGAACAAAAGUGAAGUUUACAAUGGAUCAAAUCUGAAAACGAUGUUUCCUGACCAUCAACAUAAUAAACAAAAUAAUACAGACACAGUUAUUGGAGUUGGAACUUCCCCACGCCAUUUUCAAAUUCAAAGCCAGGUAAAAGACUUGGCUGUGCCUCGAAAUGAGAGUGGCUUGAGUUCCCACACCAACUAUGAUAUGCCUAUUACUGUGGAAACACCCUUUUAUUCUGAAAAGUUAUCCGUGCACCCAGAAAAUGCAGUGUUAUCUGCAGAAGGCAUGACUCAUGCUUUUUCCGAUCCUUUGCUGAAAGACCGCACACAAGUACUUGCAGCCAAUUUGUCAUUAGCUGCUGGCUCCCACAUAGCCUCAUCAUUUUCUCAGGAAAUAUAUCAAACCAAGGAGCUAGAGAGAAAAUUAAGCGUGACUAGGCCAGAUUUUGUUUGUGUUAAGCCAACUGAUGUUGCUCGAACAGAAGAACCAAGGCACCUUGUUUCUAAUCAUACUGAUCAACCGUAUAAUCAAGGCAUUGUCAGCGGAACCAGUGUGGAGCCAACAAUAUAUUACCAACAAGACAGUUUGUCUAGUAAUGUCAGACAAGGACAUGAUGGUGGUUCUACUGUUCAACAGUGGGAUAAGCCUUAUCAUCAGGAAAACAGGGCAGGUACAAAUGUUGCUCACCAGUUCUCUUUUGUUGAUACAGGGCUCAAGUCCUACUGUGCACGUGGUGCGAGGAUGUCCUCAGAUGAGUUAGAUGCUCUAGAAAGCUCAGUCCCAACAUCAGUACCCGCUAAUGAUCAUUCCUGCUCAUUUCUUAAUGAAUGUUCUAUUGGGUCCAGAAUAGAGAAUUCAGAUCUUGGGUCUCAACUAGACAAACUGAAUUUAGGACGUGCUGCUGCAGAUUAUGAAACUGCUGGCUGCGUGUCCGGGAAUGAUAAAGUUUUCUUGCCCAUAAAUUCUUUUGAUGCUUUUGCCUCCCAAAUAUCUAUGGUAAAUAGAGAAUCUAGUGUGUAUCAAAAUGGAAAGUUGGACCAGUCAUCAGUGCAUAACUAUGGCUUGGCUACCUCUCCACUUACUGGCAUGAGUGACUCUAAUGUGAGUGCGAAUUUGCUGUCAUCUCAGAAUCCAUUUCCUGUGUGUGUUUCGAGCAGAGAGGUCCCUCUUGAGUACAAUAUUACCCGCAAUUAUGUAGUGAAUGGAUUUGAUAAUGAAAGCAUGAAGCUGAAUGACAGAAUGCAUAACAAUGUUCAAAUGGACGCACCUGUUAUAGUUGAGGAUGCGACUGAUAAUGCGCCUUUAGGCAUUCUGUCAUCCAGACCACUUGUUCCUCUUGUUGAAGUGGCAGCUGAAGAACAGCAGCAAGUUAUUAUUUCAUCACUGAAGGAUGAUGAUGCUAGGAGUGAUGUGCCAGAGUUAGCCAAUGAGGAUCAUGAUGAUGAACCAGCUGCGGAUGGAUCCAUAAGUGAUGCUGCAGUUGCUGAACUGGAGGCCAGCAUGUAUGGCUUACAGAUCAUAAGAAAUGCUGACCUUGAGGAGUUACGUGAGUUGGGAUCCGGCACAUUUGGAACAGUAUACCAUGGGAAGUGGCGAGGAACCGAUGUUGCUAUCAAACGAAUUAAGAAAAGCUGUUUUGCUGGGAGAUCAUCUGAACAAGAGAAGCUUACCAAAGACUUUUGGAGGGAAGCACAAAUUCUUUCAAAGUUGCAUCAUCCAAAUGUUGUUGCUUUCUAUGGGGUGGUUCCUGAUGGAACUGGAGGAACAUUGGCAACUGUGACAGAGUUCAUGGUAAAUGGAUCACUAAGGAAUGUUCUUUUAAGGAAGGACAGAAUGCUCGAUCGUCGGAAAAGGCUCAUUAUUGCUAUGGAUGCGGCAUUUGGGAUGGAAUAUUUGCACUCCAAAAGCAUAGUCCAUUUUGAUUUGAAAUGCGACAAUUUACUUGUUAAUUUGAGAGAUCCUCAGAGGCCAAUCUGCAAGGUUGGAGACUUCGGAUUAUCAAGAAUUAAGCGCAACACUUUGGUUUCUGGUGGUGUACGGGGCACUCUUCCAUGGAUGGCACCAGAGCUUUUGAAUGGAAGCAGCAGCCGAGUGUCUGAAAAGGUGGAUGUGUUCUCCUUUGGGAUAGCUUUGUGGGAGAUCUUGACUGGUGAGGAACCGUACGCAAAUAUGCACUGUGGCGCUAUCAUAGGCGGUAUCGUCAACAACACUCUUCGGCCUCCGAUACCCAAAAACUGCGAGCCUGAAUGGCGACAACUGAUGGAGCAAUGCUGGUCGGCCGAUCCUGACAUCCGCCCCUCAUUCACGGAGGUCACCGACAGGCUACGAGCCAUGUCAUCAGCUCUAAAGGGGCAUUCUCAGGGAAACAAAUGAAGGCUAUUUCAUCAACCGGCAGAAUAUUUGAUUGCAGCGGAGAUGGAUCACUAACCUGCCCAAGCUCCUACAUCUGUGUGCAUAGAUUGAAUUUUAUACUAUACAUGUAUAUUUGUUGGUCAUGGUGUGUAUUCUAUUCUGAUGUAUGUAUGCCUAUGCUAUUCAAUUUUUUCACCCGCUUUCUUGAGAGUUUCUGAAGUGUAAUUACAUGUAUCUAUCUGAGCAAAAAUGUACUGCAUGCAGGCUCUUCUUGUGGCCUCACUUCUCUUACAAUUUUUUGUGAGCCUGACCACGGAAGAUGGCCUGGCACUUGUAAUUAUAUGGCAUAUAUGAGCUGACAGAAAUAUAUUGAAUUGACACUUUGUGAACCUUGAAUUGAGGAAGGAAUAAAUGAAUUUACUUCUUUUCAUAA